ACGACGACAAGCGCUGCUGCUCGCCAUGGGCAACGCGACGGAUGUGAGUGCCGCUCUUACUCAGGGCUUGGCACGCUUUUUCUACGCCGUCGACCCCCUCGACACGUCCUACCCUGACCACAAGCAUGUCCCGGACUUCUUCGUCAAGUCAUGGCCGUACUUCUUGGUGUUCAUGGCGCUGGAGAAUCUGCUGCUCUACUUGGAGGGCAGACCGACCGUCAGGCUCAACGACAGCAUCACGUCUCUUUCGCAUGGACUCAUACAACACUGCGGAAAGCUCAUCUUUCGAGGUGCCGAGAGUGCUGCCUACAUCUUCAUCUACCAAAGGUUCAGGCUGGUCGACCUGGCAUGGGACAACGCCCUGACCUGGUACCUCGCCGCCCUGGGCGUCGAUUUUUGCUACUACUGGGUCCAUCGGGCCAGUCAUGAGGUGCACGUCUUAUGGGCGCAGCACCAAGUCCAUCACAGUUCCGAAGACUACAACAUAGCCGUCGGCCUCAGACAGUCAAUUUUGCAAGGCUGGUGCGGAUUUAUCUUUUACCUGCCACUGGCAUUCUUCAUUCCACCAGCCCACUUCUUGACCCACCAGCAGUUCAGCCUGCUCUUCCAGUUCUGGCUGCACACAGAGGCCAUCAGGCAUCUUGGCCCUCUCGAGUGGGUCUUCAACACGCCAAGACACCACAGAGUUCACCACGGAGCCAACUUGUUCUGCCUGGACAAAAACUACGGCGGAGUUUUGAUCAUCUGGGACCGCUUGUUCGGCACUUUUGCGAAUGAAAAAGAAGACGAGGAAAUCGUCUACGGUCUCGUCUUCAACCAGCCCUCGUUCAACCCCGUGUGGCUCCAGUACUUCUACUCGGCUCAUGUGGUGCACAAGUGGCAGUCGAUGGAGGGCUGGAGAAACAAAUUGUCAGCCGUCUUCAAGGGCCCGUCCUGGAUUCCAGGAGCGCCCUGGACCGGCAGGGACGAAGACAAAAUCAAGGUGGGGCCGAGGCAGAAGUUCGACGUGUCCAUUCCGACCUGGUGCAACGUGUACCUGCUCAUCCACUUUGUGGUCGUCGUCUUCCUUUUCCAAGAACUCUACGUACGCCACGUGGGAAUGUCUCAGAUCUCUGUGAUAUUGUUUGUGGGCUACAUUUUGCUGUCGCUCACAACGAUAGGCCUGCUGUUUGAAAACAAAGGCCAGGCCCGCGCCUUUGAGUUGUUCCGCUGCGUCGUCUUCGCCACCCUUCUGCAGCGAGGCCACGCCAGUCUGCUGCCGCAACACACGGUGCAGGCGUUGCAGACCUUCUUCGGGAUCUCUGCCGCCUUCUGGACACUCCAGAGUAUGGCCUUCACAAAGUUCAAGCACGCGUGACGCGAGUUCAGGACUCUGCAGGCCAUUUUCUUACGAAGAUGUACAUUUCUGUGUCAAAACUAGUUGAUUAAUUUACUCUCAGCGAGGAAAAUUAGUAAACUGACAUUUACAUAUUUAUUUUUUCACACAAUGAAUGCUACCUUCCAUUAAACUGCAUUAAAUUGACUUAAUUAGCAAUAUUGUGUAAUUUUAAGAAAGUGUAUCUUGUAAAUAUUAAUGAUAAGCACAUCAUUGAUAAGGGCGCUGAAUUUACAGUCUUGUUAUUGUCCUCCAGAGUGAGGUUGCCAUGUUAUUUCAUUUUUAGUUUACUGUUGAGAUUCCGUCCUUGAGAGGUACGUCGGGAGAAGUAUUAUAAAAUUUAGAUUUGAAUUGAAAUUGUAAAUCCUUCCAGUUACAAUAACUGCCAUUUCAAAAAUUCUGUGAAACCAGUGCCAUGUGAAGUGUCAUAAAUAAAGAAAAAUACUGUUUUACUAUA